AUGAGCAACCCAGUACCACUGCGUAUCGCUGUUCUCGUCAACACGCCCCCUAAUAACGAGUUCUGGAAUGAUGUGAACGAGGCAUAUCGUGCUGCUUUUCAAGCCGUUGCACCAGACGCCCAGAUUGACAUUGGAGGCAAAGCGGACGCCUCCUCUUCUGAGCCCUGGGUUCUAGGCGUGCUAGACUUCCUGCGUAAAACAGCGCGGGAAUCACCCAAUACCAAGAUUCUAGGUAUCUGUUGGGGUCACCAGGCUAUUUCAAGGGCAUUCGGGGGAGCGGUGCGAGCUGUGCCUACAGGUCCGAUUGCUGGCGUUGAAGAUGUAAAGUUGACAGAUGCCGGGAAGAAGUUCUUUGCUUGUGCCCCAGGCAUUGAAUCUUAUAGAUUGCCGGAGUUUCAUGUACGAGAGGUAGCAAAACCUGGAUUAGGAUUUGUUCACUUGGCUGAAAACCAUGAAAUGUUUGUGAAUCAAGAGAAUACGGUCUUGUCGUUCCAAGCACAUCCAGAGGUCCAGGCCGCACUCGCCAAGAAGAUGUUGUUGGAAGAGGACGAUGUUUACAAUGGCAAUCUUUCCCAGCAAGAGCUCGAGGAUCAUCUGAAAAAGCUCGAUCAGCCAACAGAUGGGUUUGAGGUGCUGAGACGGGUGAUUGAGUGGGUGGAGGAGUGA